AUGUCAGCAGCCCUUGAAUCGAAUACAAUCGCGCCUUCGACCAGCAUUGACGCUUCUGGUGGGGUCACAAGUGCCGAUAGCAGCAGUCAUGCCAGCGGACAAGGCAUUGCUCGCCCGCAUGCGAAGUCCUUGAAUAGCGGACAGAAUGCAAACCCCAACUUCCCCCCUCCGAAGACGGAUAAGCCCAGACCUCAUGUUUGUGCUACUUGUACCCGGUCCUUUGCACGUCUCGAGCAUUUGAAGCGGCAUGAACGUUCUCACACGAAAGAGAAACCUUUCGCUUGUCCGGAGUGCACCAGAUGCUUUGCUAGGCGGGACCUACUUUUAAGGCAUCAGCAGAAGCUGCACUUGACGGCCUUGCCGCCAUCAAGGCAAAGAGGCGCAAGGCGAGAGAGUACUAGUAGCGCAGCUCCGGGAGGCUCUACAAGGGUUCGUAAAAACUCAAUGGCGAACAAUGCUUCUGGAACCACAGGAGCUAGCGCCAUGCGCCCAAGAGCGAAUACCAUAAGCCAUGUAGACGGCCCGACUCUGGGACUGCUUGCGGCCGCAAAUUCGUCCGCCUCCAGGCAUGAAGCCAUAGGCCUUGGCCUUGGUCACCAUGGCGGGAUAAAUGGAUUUUCGCAUGGACUCCCAGGUGUUGGCACCUACCCCCUGCGAGGGAUGUCAUCAGCGACUGGACAUCAUGGCAAUUCCCAUGUGCUACCAAAGCUCGAGACAAAGCACCAGGGUAUCGACAUUGGUGCAAGCUUACGUACCGCUCCACCAUUCGGAGGGUUUGGUGGUGACAUUGAUAUGGACAGUAUCUUGUAUGGACCCGGAACGACUGUGAAUCCAGCACAGCUACACUUUUCCAAUUCUCCGCAAAAUCUUGCUUUCGACAUGGCGCAUUCACCGUAUCAUCAAGGGUUUUCAGGUGUCCACUCAGCUCAACCCGUGAUGGACAAUGAUGGACACUUUACCUGGAUGAACAAUUUUGACCAUCAGAUGUCAUUCCACGAAUACAACGAGCAGGCUAUAGAUGGAUCCUCACCAUCCGCAAUUAGCACCGGUAGCCCUGAUGGUAUGAAUGAGGUCAUGCUUGAUGGAUCAAACAAUUCGAUGAGCGCGUCGGGAGCAUGGCCGAAUGCUUCAAUGUCUCAAGCGGCCUUUCCACCGGCCUUUUCUAUGGACCUAUCGGCGCAGCCGUUUCCUGAUCUGUGUCCCCCAAGCCAAUUGUCUCCGAAAUCUCUGAACACAAACAUGGGGAAUGGCGAUCAGUAUUUCUCCUCUCCCCCACCUUUGAGUUCCCAGACCCCAAUAUCCUUACUACCUGGAUUGAGCCACCAUUAUUUUCAUCCGUCCAUGAAUAAUAGUUCGGAUACUCCCAGCAAUUCCGCAGCAUCUAUUAGCAGCAGCAAUCGACAAAGCUCUGUGACCUCUGUUUCUACGGACUCCAUUACUGACGCAACUCGGCAAGCUCUUCUAACAAGUCUCUCGCAGCCAUCCAUGUUCAGGCAACGGAAGACUUCUCAUCCCCAGGUAUCCUCACCUCUGUCUCCUGUAUUUUCUUCCGGGUCUAGAAGCAUAAGCAGCAUUCCGCUUCCGAGCACUUACGAUCUCCAACGUUAUGUAGCUGCCUACAUUCAGUACUUUCACCCUCAUCUACCGUUCUUGCAUAUCCCGUCUUUAUCUUUCGACUCUCCAGCAUUUACCAGCAGCCUUCGAGCUUCCAGUGGACACUUCGCUUGCGGUCAAUCAAGCAUUGCAGGAGGAGGGGGCUCCCUUAUUCUUGCUAUGGCCGCUAUUGGGGCUCUGUACGAAUACGAUCUGAGCGCUUCGAAAGAGCUCUUUGAGAUGGCCAAGAAGAUGAUACAUUUGUAUCUGGAGGAGCGGCGCAAGGCAGAUAUGUCGGCAGCCCUCAAUGGAAACCAUGGCUCAAAUGAGAGCUAUGCUCAAAACACUCCAUUAUGGCUCGUACAGGCUAUGCUGCUUAAUGUCAUUUAUGGUCACAACUGUGGAGAUAAGACUGCUGCAGGCAUCGCAAGUACGCAUUGUGCCGCCCUUGUCAGUCUAGCUCGAGCAGCUGAGCUUACAAAACCGGUGCCGGGGUUUCGCUCUGCACAUGGGACUAAACCACACAUCAAGCAAGAAGACGCACAGAUGGGUGGUGACGAGUGGAAUGGUGCUGGAUCUUACAGCAUACUCGAUGCUCAAAAUGAAUGGCACUACUGGAAGCUGGGCGAAGAGUGCAAGCGAACACUAUACGCUGUCUUCAUCUUAUCAAGCCUUCUAGUCUCUGCUUACAACCAUGCUCCAGCUUUGAUGAACUCGGAGAUUGGGCUCGAUUUACCUUGUGAUGAAGGUCUUUGGGCUGCCGACUCUGCCGAAACUUGGCACUCGCUCGGGGGUGCUACGUCAGAUCAGAGAUCACUGUCCUUUGCUUCUGCACUUAGCUCUUUGUUGACAGCAAGCCAGCGUUCGCAGCAGGGGCGUCACGGCGUGCGACAGGCAUGUGACCCGCCCAACAUGAAAUUCGAAGAUCUUCCAGAAAGCGACAUCCGACCAAGCACUUUCGGCUGCCUCAUCCUGAUCAACGCUCUCCACAACUAUAUUUGGGAGACGCGGCAGAGGCACAUGGGACGACAGUGGACACCAGUGGAGACUCAAGCAAUGCAUGAUCGUAUCAAGCCUGCUCUGAAAGCAUGGCAAGCAGCGUGGUCGUGCAACCCGGAGCACAGUAUUGAAAGGCCCAAUCCCUUCGGUGCAAGCUCGCUCUCAGCUGACUGCAUACCGUUGUUGGACCUCGCAUACGUUCGGUUGUACGUGAACCUCGGACGUUCGAAGGAGGCUUUCUUCAGACGUGACUUUGAUACUAUGGCGGAUGAAUUAGGUUGUGGCAAUGAAUUUGUCCAACACGCCGGUCACUCGCCUCGCUCCAGCACCCCCAGCGGCGAAUCAGAUGCUGUCUCCAGUACCACAAGUAGCUCUCCCAGCAUGACAUCCUCUCAUAUCAAGCUUGAGGGCUUCGCCUAUGUAGACGUUACAGCAUCAGAGAAUCCACCCAAUGGUCGAUCUGGAGAAUGCACCACGAGGGAAAAGCAGCUGUUUCUUGCAGCAGAGUUAGCGGUCAACGCUUUGAUCAUGGCCAAUAAGCUCGGUGUCACCUUCGCAGACUUCAGUUCCAGAGAGCUUCCCCUACAAUCAGCGUUGUGCGCUUUUGACUGCGCCCAAGUCCUUGCUGAGUGGGUCUCAACGGUCCAAGAGCGAGUAGGUCGUUAUUUGGGCAUACUCGGUAGAGAUAACAUAGACUUUACCGAGGUUCCAGGCAUCAUGUUAAUGGGGGAUAAAGAUCUUGGGAUUUUAGAGAAGAUCAACGAAGUCCUUACUAGCGCAGAGACGAAGCUGGCAGACAGCCGGCCAAUAGCAGCAGACAUGCUGAAGAUGGAGGACUGCGGGUAUGGCAGCAAGAUUCUGCUGGUCCAUGCUCGCAUGUUUGAGAAAGCUGCCGUUUGGCCUGUCACCCGAGAGAUGUCCCAGUCGCUGCGCAUACAAGCCGCACAUAUCAAAGAAAGAGAAGAAGCCUCGAUCAACCCUUCGACGUAA